CAUUAACUGGACGAUAUGUGCGAUGUGUGCGUAAUGGUGUCGUGGUGUUGGUGGCAACGCAGGCCACAAUGGAAAUUUUGCUCGCUAGACUCGUUCACUUUGUUCGGGUCAGUACACGAGUAUAGACAUAAUUUGUGUUCGCUCUUGAAAUAUUCUACUAAUUCACGAUGGGUAAAGAAAAGGUCCAUAUUAACAUUGUCGUCAUUGGACACGUCGACUCUGGUAAAUCAACCACCACUGGUCAUUUGAUCUACAAAUGCGGUGGUAUUGACAAACGUACGAUUGAAAAGUUCGAGAAGGAAGCCCAAGAAAUGGGUAAAGGUUCCUUCAAAUACGCCUGGGUUUUGGACAAACUUAAGGCCGAACGUGAACGUGGUAUCACCAUCGAUAUUGCCUUGUGGAAAUUCGAAACGGCCAAAUACUACGUCACCAUCAUCGAUGCCCCAGGCCAUCGUGAUUUCAUCAAGAACAUGAUCACUGGAACAUCACAAGCCGAUUGCGCUGUCUUGAUCGUUGCUGCUGGUACCGGUGAAUUCGAAGCUGGUAUCUCAAAGAACGGACAAACCCGUGAGCACGCUUUGCUUGCUUUCACAUUGGGUGUGAAACAAUUGAUUGUCGGUGUCAACAAAAUGGACUCGACCGAACCACCAUUCAGCGAAUCCCGUUAUGAGGAAAUCAAGAAGGAAGUCUCUUCCUACAUUAAGAAAAUCGGUUACAACCCAGCCGCCGUUGCUUUCGUUCCAAUCUCAGGAUGGCACGGAGACAACAUGUUGGAACCAUCAACCAACAUGCCAUGGUUCAAGGGAUGGAAGGUCGAACGUAAAGAUGGUAACGCUGAUGGCAAGUGCUUGAUCGAAGCUUUGGACGCCAUCCUCCCACCAUCACGUCCAACCGACAAGGCUUUGCGUUUGCCAUUGCAAGAUGUCUACAAAAUUGGCGGUAUCGGAACAGUGCCCGUAGGCCGAGUAGAAACAGGCGUCUUGAAACCAGGUAUGGUUGUUGUCUUCGCCCCAGCCAACAUCACCACUGAAGUCAAGUCCGUUGAAAUGCACCACGAAGCUUUGCCAGAAGCUGUCCCAGGUGACAACGUUGGUUUCAACGUCAAGAACGUCUCAGUCAAGGAAUUGCGUCGUGGUUACGUUGCCGGUGACUCAAAAUCAAACCCACCAAAGGGUGCUGCUGACUUCACUGCUCAAGUCAUCGUCCUUAACCAUCCAGGUCAAAUCUCGAACGGUUACACUCCAGUUUUGGAUUGUCACACCGCUCACAUUGCCUGCAAAUUCGCUGAAAUCAAAGAAAAGGUUGACCGUCGUUCGGGUAAGACCACCGAAGAAAAUCCAAAAGCCAUCAAAUCUGGUGAUGCUGCUAUCGUCAACCUCGUCCCAACCAAACCAUUGUGUGUCGAAUCUUUCCAAGAAUUCCCACCUUUGGGUCGUUUCGCUGUGCGUGACAUGAGACAAACUGUUGCUGUCGGUGUCAUCAAGGUAAGCAGAAUUUUCAUUUUUUACCACAUUUUUGUUUUUGAAAAACAGUUCAUGAAUGAAUUUAAUGAUGAUAUUCAUCCCAGUUCUGCUACUGAAGAUCAAGAUGUAGAGAUCUAAAUACCAAAAUGCACUGACAUUCAUUUCACAAAAUCAAUUGACAAGUUUUAAUCUCAAAGAAUAAAAAAAAAACUUCUAUUCUUGUCGAACAUUUCAAUUUUGCCCAACUGUUUGAUUGAAUUGCAUUCAAUGCAAAUGCAGUCAGAAGCAUAUGACUAAUCUGUUCUUUCCUCUUUUUUUUCCUUUCAUUCAUGCAGGCCGUCAACUUCAAGGAUGCAACAGGUGGUAAAGUCACCAAGGCCGCCGAAAAAGCCACCAAGGGCAAAAAAUAGCAACCUAACAGCUUCACAUCAAUUCUUUUAACAUCAACGUGGUUUUUGAAAAAAUGUUAUUACUUCUUCCAUCGCAAAGAAUUCCGACGAAAAGAAUACGAGCUACACUUCAUUCCGUAUUGAAAUAAAGAGAAAAAGAAACAAAAAAAAACUUUUAUUUUUAUAUACAACACAUUCAAGCACCCAAUUAAAAGAAUGAAUUGAAACAACAACGUUUUAUUUUUUUAGAUAAAAUAAAAAAUGAAAUCUAUUUAAAAAGUAGGAAUCCCCACAUGGUAACAUUGUUUUCAAAAAAUCCGCAUUUUUUAAUGAAUAAAAAAUCAUUAUAAAAAUAAACAAAAAAAAAA